UAGGGUACACGGGUUUAUAAAACAUUAAAUUUAUGGGUACCUAAAAAUCUAGUUUUUUAAAGAAACGUUAAAUUUAUAUGUGCAAAAAAAUAGAAAGUAGCUGAUUUUAUACCGCGGCUCAAUCUUCACUGGAGUUUUCCCUCCGGACAAGCUCGCCUGAGCCUCCCACCGUCACCGGCCACUCGUUUGAAUAUCUUUUUUCACGCAUUGUUGUUGAAACAAUAUUAUCACAGCCUUCAACUCCUCGUGGCACUACCGUCUUCUUUGUUGGAUACUGCCUUCACAGGCUAGAUUCUGUGGAGAAACAGCUUUUUUGUUACCCUAAAUGCACAUUCGCAGGCCUCCACUGCCGCGCAUCCUUGUUAACAAUGUGUCAUGCAUGCGUAAUGCUCAGACUGUCCUCCGGAAUAUUAAUGUUUCGGUCCAUGAUGGCUCUGCAUUGGUGUUGACAGGUGCUAAUGGCUCUGGAAAGACUACCUUCCUUAGAAUGCUAGCUGGUUUCUCCCGCCCCUCUGCUGGAGAGAUCCUCUGGAAUGGCCAUGACGUCACUUCUCCUGGAGUCUACCAGCAGUACAAGCUCCAACUCAACUGGCUUUCCCUCAAGGAUGCUAUUAAAAGUAAGUUUACAGUUUUGGAAAAUGUUCAGUGGUAUGAAGUACUUGAAGGCAAAGAUGGGAAUGCAUCUCUUCCAGCUCUUGAGCUGAUGGGACUUGGCAGACUAGCUAAUGAGAAACCAAGGAUGCUUUCUAUGGGCCAGCGAAAGCGGUUGCAGCUGGCUAGAUUGCUAGCUAUUGGCAGACCAAUCUGGUUAAUGGAUGAGCCUUCAGUCGCUCUGGAUGCAGAAGGGGUCCAACUAUUGGAAUACAUAAUAGCGAAGCAUCGUAAAGAAGGUGGAAUAGUUUUUGUAACAACUCAUUUGCCUAUUGAGAUUGAAGAUGCCAUGUACCUUAGGCUACCCCAAAGGUUUCCUCGAAGGAAAACUUUGGUUGAUCUUCUUGAUUGAGGAAAAAAAUUGAACAACUUGACUAAUGACAAGUUUAGAUUCCUUGUGCUGCAUAUUACGUGGUUGGGCAUCGCUGGGCAGUACAAUCCUUCGAACAGCUACAAGUACAUUUUUCCUUCAUCCUCCUAUUCCUUUUUUUCCUCAAUUAUAACUUAGCAUUGAUAUAUAUUUAGGCAUUUUAUCGUUGUAUCAUUAAAAUCAUGUCCAAGUGCAUAUAAUACACCUAAGUUUUAUUAGCAUUCCAGGCCAGUCUCCUCCAUUUCACAAUUAUGCUGUGAAAUCUCUUAAAUAAAAGAAGCUAAACUCUUAAAUAUUGAGAGGUUUUUUGGUGUAAUGAUUUGAAUUUCAUUAAGAAACUCUGUAGUUAA